UUUUAACCUAGCUAGUAUUGAGAAUCAUCGCGCGAGUACAACAUGCUUGUUAACGAAACGUGAAAUCGUCGCGCGAUCGCUUGACGCGGGAGGAUUAUACUAUUUGGGGAAGAACCUUACGCGACACGCUCGCUCAUCCGCAACGAUGAAGUCUAGCAAAAACUUAGGUGGUUUGUGGGGAGAGUUACCAUCGCGGGAGAUGCUCAAGCAAGAAAUAAUAACACCAGAUUUAAUAGAAAAUGUCUGGCGACAAGCUAUGGAUGAUUCAAACAGCACCGAUUGUGACUACUGUAUUGACAAGCAACCUGAAUAUCUACAAUUACCAAUGGGAAAUUUACAUAUAUUAAACACCAUAAAUUUUCAUCAACAAUUACGAACAAUGGAUGAAGGAACUAUGCUUGGAAAUAUGACUGUGGUAGGGUCACAGGAUUCAAAAGAAAAAGUACAUUUAAAAAAUUUAUUUCAUUUUCUACCUCAUCAGCCAAAGGGAAAUACACUUGAAGAUUACUCCACUGUACAUCAUUUAAUGCCACAAACUGCGCGGAAUUUAUUGAGAUACGCUGUGACUGUUUUAUUGGCUCAUAUUGGAUUCGAACACUCGUCGGAUAUUGCUAUAGAAACACUCACCGAUGUCGCAGAUCACUUUCUGAGACGAAUGACCCUUUUAUUAAAAGUAGCGACUGAGCAGAAGGAUCAUGGUUUUCCUGAUGCUGUGGAGAGAGUGCUGCUUGAGACAGGUAUAGGAGGAGUAACAGCAUUGCAUGAUUAUUAUCAGGAAUACAUUAUCAAAUUUGAAGAUAAUAUAAGGAAGCAAGUCGAGGAAACAAUAGAAAGACAGAAGAUGGUCCUAGAUGAGGCAACUAGCAAGCUACAAUUCGAGGAACUAGAUGAGUUUGGCAAUGUGUACCGAGAAGUUCCAACGUUACAAUUACUUGAUCCUGAAAAGGGAUUUCCGUCUAGCUUGGACGCCGGCUUUCAAAUGCUCUACAGUCUUGAGCAAGAUGAAUUGAACAGUAUGGAAAUGGAGGAAGAGGAAGUGAAUGUGAGCGAUUCGCCGAAUACGGGACAACGAUCCACGGAUGGAUCCGUAGAUAAAAAAAGAUAUUGAAGUAUUAUAAGAAAUAAAAAAUUACAGUAUCAUUUUGUUCAUCCA